CCCAUUAAUUUGAUGUGAUGGGAGUAUGAAAUAGAAAAAUGAGAUAAAACCCAUUGCUAAGUUUACUACUAUUAUUCAGCAGCUUUAUUGGGAUUCCCAGAAGAUUCCAUGCUCCUCCGAAGGUUCUGCUUCUCCACAUCAAAAUCCUAUAUGAACCCAUUUUUGCCUUCCUCAAGAUCCACGAACCCUCUUGCCAAUUCGCGCUCUUAUCCAAUAUUUUCAUCGAAUUUCAAAACCCUAAGAUUAGGGUUUCAUAGAACCAAAUCUAUAAGUUCACAGGGUUUUGUUUCAGUUUACUCUACGAAUUCCACAAUGGAUGAUCCUAGGGGGCCCGAAGUGGUUCCCAUUCCGCACCCGGAUACUUCGGGCCGGGCCGGAGUCUUUCGGGCCCUGGAAGCCUCUUUGGGCUGCACAUUUAGCUCUCAGCCCAUAGUCCCCAACCCCAACCCUCUGAUCGUCGUGAUCAGCGGUCCCAGUGGUGUGGGAAAAGAUGCAGUGAUCAAGAGAUUGACGGAAGUUAGAGAAAAUUUGCAUUUUGUGGUUACCGCCACGAGCCGGGCCAAAAGGCCCGGAGAAGUUGAUGGCAAAGAUUACUUUUUUGUGAGCAAAGAAGAGUUUGUGAGAAUGAUUGAGAAAAAUGAGCUGUUGGAGUAUGCAUUGGUGUAUGGUGAUUAUAAGGGGAUCCCAAAGCAGCAGAUUAGGGACUACAUGGCUAAAGGGUGUGACAUUGUGUUGAGAGUGGAUAUUCAGGGUGCUGCUACAUUGAGAAGGAUCUUGAGAAAUAGUGCCGUUUUCGUGUUUUUGGUGGCUGAGAGUGAGGAGGCUUUGGUGAAGAGAUUGAUAGGUAGAAAAACGGAGACGGUAGAGGCUUUGCUGAUGAGGGUUGCGUCGGCUAGGGAAGAGCUGAGGCAUUUGAAGGAGUUUGAUUAUGUAGUUGUUAAUAAGGAAGGCGAUUUGGAGGGUUCGGUGAAGUUGCUGGAAUCCAUCAUUGAUGCUGAGAAGGCUAAAGUGCAGCAAAGGAGAGCAAUCAUUUAAAGAAUCCUGAAGAAAUUUUGGUUAUUAGGUUAGUGUAGUACAUGUUAAAAGCUGAUUAAGAUAGUCUUGAAGCUAACUUUGUUAAUGCUAUUAUCGCCCUCCAUUUGAUCUGUUGUUCAAUCAUUGAUAUAUUCAUUUUUAUGCCAGAAACACUGAUCAGUAAGUUUAUUUUUGUGAAUGUUGUUGUGUGUAUGGAUCAACUUGUCUGUUAAAUCGAUCAUUGUUGUUCGAUUUG